GACUUGCCAUUUUCUAUCGUCUUCAUAUCCUCUUCAUCCUCAAGAUUUUACUCCUCUUUUCAUCUGCAUGCAGAGUAGAGCUAGCGUACACAAGAACCCUAACACAGGAAAGUAAAGCUAAGAAUAGCAUCAUGGCUGAGGGAGUUUUUGGGAUUAACCAAAGAGCCAAGGCGAUUGCAUUGACAGCAGCAUGGUUUUUCUGCUGGAUUUUGUUUACAGCCAGUGACAUCGGCAGUGCUGAAAGGCUCCUGAAAACCGUCGAGCCAGGACACAUUGUGGAGAAGGAAAUGAGGCAAGGAUUCAUAGUUCGAUUGGUGCAUUUCCUCUGGCAAAGUGGAAAAUCUUCUUAUCAACAUGUUUGGCCCGAGAUGGAAUUUGGCUGGAAACUGGUGGUGGGAACUGUGGUUGGGUUCCUUGGAGCAGCACUGGGAAGUGUUGGAGGCGUUGGAGGCGGUGGAAUUUUCGUUCCAAUGCUCUCUUUGAUCAUUGGGUUUGAUCCCAAGUCAUCAACUGCCAUUUCUAAAUGUAUGAUAAUGGGUGCAGCUGGUUCAACAGUAUAUUACAAUCUGAGGCUGAGGCACCCAACACUAGACUUGCCUCUGAUAGACUAUGAUCUGGCUCUGCUCUUUCAACCUAUGCUCAUGCUUGGCAUCAGCAUUGGGGUGGCUUUCAACGUCAUCUUUGCCGAUUGGAUGGUUACAGUGCUGCUCAUUCUCCUGUUCAUAGGAACAUCUUCUAAAGCAUUUUUUAAAGGACUAGAGACAUGGAACAAGGAAACUAAGAUGAAAUUGGAAGCAGCUGAAGUGGCGCAAUCAAAUUCUAAAUUAAAUGAGGGUCCUGGAAACGAAUAUAAGCCUCUACCAGGUGGUCCAUCUGCUCAUGCAGAUGAGAAAGUUCCCCUGCUGUACAACAUCUACUGGAAAGAGUUAUGUCUGUUAUUGUUUGUGUGGAUAGCUUUCCUGGCUAUUCAGAUUAUGAAGACAUACACACAGACAUGCUCUGCCAAAUAUUGGACACUGAACUUCCUGCAGGUACCAAUUGCAGCUUCAGUUUCCUUAUAUGAAGCAACUUGUUUAUACAAAGGGACGAGGACAAUCGCAUCCAAGGGGAAGGAAAUCACAGUUUGGAAACCAAACUUGAUUUUUCUCUACUGUUGCUUGGGCAUAUUGGCUGGCGUUGUUGGAGGAUUGCUUGGGCUAGGCGGUGGCUUCGUCUUGGGACCCCUUUUUCUAGAAUUGGGAGUUCCUCCUCAGGUGGCAAGUGCAACAUCGACUUUUGCAAUGACGUUCUCAUCUUCCAUGUCAGUAGUACAGUACUACUUACUGAACCGAUUCCCAGUUCCUUAUGCUACAUAUUUUGUCUUAGUUGCCACAGUUGCUGCCCUCGUUGGUCAGCACGUAGUAAGGAGGAUAAUUGCAAUACUUGGCAGGGCAUCUUUAAUCAUAUUCAUACUGGCACUGACUAUUUUUGUCAGCGCAAUCAGCUUAGGUGGGGUUGGCAUAGCAAGCAUGAUUGAGAAGCUGCAAAAUCACGAGUAUAUGGGGUUUGAUAAUUUGUGUCACCAGUCCUAAUGUACUAUUCUGUUGAUUAUACUCCACGAGUCAAGGGUUUUCUCCGGGAAGGAUACUACAAUCUGGGCCAUUCUGUUUCAUAAAUAAAGCCCACUACUACUGCCUUCCUGGGAGAAAAGUCACCUACGGACAUGUUAUGUUUCAUAAUUAAUCCAUCCACGUUUUCUUAAGAUUGCAGUAACAUAUUUUUGCAACCACUUUUAUCUUGGUUGUUUUGUGGUAGUAAAUGAUUUGUGUUGAAAGUUGUCCUAAAGCAAACAUCGUUUGUGUGAAUUUGGGUGAUUGGAUAUUGGAA